AGAAGUUAAAUGUUUGAAAAAUCACUAAUUUUUAAGCAAUCAUUGGCAUGAAUUUUGUGUUUUUAUGUCAUCAAAAUUUUGUAUUGAUGAACGCACCCCGAAUUGAAAAAAGUAAACUAUGAAGUUGCUUCUCCCCUCAUUCUGGUUUGACAUUUCGUUUUGAAGAUGUUCAGUAUUUGCACGUGCUAUUGAAUUUCUAAUACAUAUUUCAUUUCUGCCAGUUUGAUUACUUAUUAUUAUUUGAAAAUAAGCCAAUAUCAUUUAUUGGACAACAAUCACAAUUGAAAAAAUGACUUUUUAUAGUAACGUUAAGCAAAAGUCAUACGUUCUGAAUCCAAGAGGCAAACCAUUAUAUGAAGAUGCAAAUCGAUUUGGCACAAAAAUGUUGGAGAAAAUGGGCUGGUCCAAAGGCAAGGGGCUUGGUAUUAACGAAGACGGUGAACAAAAUUUCAUUCGGGUUGCACAUAAAACCGAUCAACAGGGGAUGGGAUAUCAAGAGCGAGAUGAUCAAUGGACAGGCCACGAAAAUCAAUUCAAUUCGUUGCUCAAAUCUUUAGAUAAUUCCUCAAAUGUGUCGAUGGAUGGAGGUGGACAUAAAGAGGCAAAUCAAGCCACACCAACCAUUGGAUUGGGUUUUGGUACGGCAGAUAAAAACAUAAAAAAAUUAAAGUCAGUCAAAUUGGAGCUUAGCGGCAAAUCAUUGGAGGAAAUGUCGAAAAAUUCUGGUGUUAGAGUUCAUUACAGAAAAUUCACACGCAGCAAAGAUAUAUCAAAAUAUACUGAAAAAGAUUUGGCAAAUAUUUUUGGAAAGAAAUGUGUAGAUGGCCAUAAAAUAGAAGCUGAAGUAAAGCAAGUUGAGCCAGUGUCGGAUUUAUCUCAGUCUAGCUAUGAAAUAUCAACAAUUGAAACGGGUACAACAAUUCAAGAAUACUUUAAAAAGGAGAAAAACAAGCCUUCAAAACGCAGAAAGGAAAAAUUAGACAAAUCGAAUGAAGAGCAAGUAUCAAACGUUGAACAAUCGGAAAAGAAGCGACAGAAAAAGGACAAGCAAUUUAAACUGGGUAUGACUGUGCCAGAAGAUGUAGAGGAACAUGAACCGUCACGGCUAAAAGAGGAAAAUAAAAAAAAGAAAUCCGUACCAAUAAGUAACACCGAAUUUAUCAAUGGUAUAUUAAGUACUUUAGUCAGAAGUAAUAAUUCUGGGCAUUCCUCAACAGCGUUAGAGCGAUCGAAUGCUGAAGACAGCGAUGGAGAAAUGAAACCAGCAUUUAAAACAAAUCCAAAUAUAACUAUGAAUGAAGUGUUCGAAAUCAAUCGGUAUCAUGCAGAAAUGUUUCGUUUUGUUGACUUGGAUGGAUUCCCGAAUGCAAAUCUCAGUGACUUGAGUGGUUAUGGAUAUAAUAAAGAAUUCGAACUCAAAGUAUCCGAAAAAUCAAAAGAUCAAAAUAAAAUAAAUGAUUUGUGGGAUUAUGCACUUAUUAAUAAGUAUGGAAAGGAAGUGAUUCAGACGAAAAAGGCAAAGCGAUAUUCCAUAAAACAUCUGAAGAAAAAGAAUGUCUUUAUGAAAUUGUAAUCAUUGUACUCAUAAAACGCAAAUAAAACACGGAUCAUUUCAGUUCAAUUUUAAA